AUGGCGCCAGAAACAGGCCAGCGGUACGAGCCGGUGCCUCCCAUACCAACAUAUGAAGAAGCUGUCGCCGGGAGCAGCGGCAGUUGGCGAAGCGAACGCUCACCAAUCGACGACCCCCGAGAUUUGGGCGCAGAGGGCCAAGGGCUCUUGAGCUCGAGGCAUGCAUUCGAAUCACCAACACCGACCCAACAGGCCCCGACGGGUCGUCGACCGCGAGGCUACCGGCCCCCGACGGUGGAAACCGACGACGAAAGUGAUCUGUUCGCCUCCGACGACUCAGACUCAGAUGCCGAGACGGAAUAUGUGCGACGGGAGAUGCAAGAGCUGGAGAUUGAUGACUCCGAGGUGUCGCGGAAUCGAUCUUCAUGGGGGAAACGCAUUGGGCUUUCCCUCUCUUUACCGCAGUGGCGAUGGACGUGGAGGUGGAGGUUACCACGUUUACGAAGCGAUGGCGGCAGCUCCGGGACGACACAAGACGCAGACGAUGGCGGCAAUAGCGCAGACUCUGGAGGACAGAUUGGCCCUGGCCUCCUUGCCCUGCCUAAAUUUGGCAGCGCAGCGCUCCUUCUUCUGAUAGCUCGCAUCUUUGCCAUGCUCCUCGUCUUCGGCUUCCUUUACCUUCUGUUUGCUAGCGACAUGUUCACCAACAUGGCGAGGCGGAUGGGCAAUCCGGUUGAUCCCGAAAAGCUGCGCAGCCACCUUCAGAUGCACGUGGACCCGCGGAGAAUAAGGGAUCAACUACAGCACUUUACAAGCUACGCGCAUCUUGCGGGGACCGAAGGUGAUUAUGCCUUAAUGGAGGACACGGAGAUGCUCUUCAAGACGUACGGGCUGGAAAGCGUCACGCGGGACGUGUACCAUGUCUACCUCAACUAUCCAAAGGCCGGAGGAAGGGCGGUGGAGAUUCUGGGGCAGGACGGGAAGCCGAUCUGGUCCGCAAAAUUAGAAGAGGAGGAGACGGGCGGCGAGACUGCCGGCCGGCAGACGUACUCGUUUCACGGCCACUCAAAAUCUGGGGAUGUGAAGGGGCCACUGAUCUACGCGAACUAUGGGUCGAGGGAAGACUUCCAGGCGCUCAAGGACAGCGGCAUCGACACAAAUGGCGCAAUCGCACUCGUUAAGUACUAUGGACCGCUCAGCGAUCCAGGCUUGAAGGUCAAGGCUGCCGAAUUGGCAGGCUUCGCGGGUUGCAUUAUCUACAGUGACCCAGCUGACGACGGGUUUGUCAACGGCAAGACAGCGCCUGAUGGCCACUUCAUGCCUGCGGAUGGCGUUCAUCGCGGCGGUGUGAGCUUACGCAGCUGGAUUUUGGGAGACGUCUUGACGCCCACGUGGGCCAGCAGGGACAACUUGCCGAGGAUGAAAGUUGAACAAACCAAAGGGCUGGUCAAGAUUCCAAGCCUGCCAUUGGCGUCGCGUGAUGCCCAGGUUUUGCUGCAGCACCUCAAGGGGUUCGGCCACCAUGUUCCCCAGUGGUCCGGACGGGUUCCUGACGUUGACGAGUAUUGGACCGGAAACGGCUCGUCACCCAUCGUUCGCUUAAAAAACGACCAAGACGAGGAAGAGAGACAGCCUAUCUGGAACGUGUAUGGCAGGAUUCCUGGUCAAGAGCAGCAGGAGAAGAAAAUCAUCAUUGGCAACGCCCGUGAUUCUUGGGCAUUCGGAGCGGCAGACCCCCACUCUGGAACAGCAAUCAUGCUCGAAGUUGCUCGGAUUCUAGGUGACCUUUAUGCCCGUGGCGCCUGGCAACCUCUGCGCACCAUCGAAUUCAUGUCCUGGGACGGCGAGCAGUAUAAUCUGAUAGGAUCGACCGAGUACGUUGAGCAGAACGAAGACGCACUGCGCAGUGAAGCUCUUGCCUACAUCAACCUCGGCGGGGCCGUUUCUGGCUCCACCUUGCGAGCCGCUGGCUCGCCCGUGUUUCGCAACCUGCUCCUACAAAUACUGAACAGGGUAUCCGAUCCCUAUUUCAAUGCCACGCUGCGGGAUCUCUGGGACCGACGGCAUGGCGAUAUCGACGGUCCCCUCAACGACACGGCUUGUAUCCCGUUCCAGGAUAUUGCCGGGACCUCGUCUUUGGAUCUCUACUUUGAUGGCGGUCGUUUCCCUCGUCAUUCUAAUUACGACAAUUUCGAGUGGAUGGAAAAGGACGGUGACCCGGGCUUUGUCUACCACACACUCCUGGGACAAGUCGUCGGCCUCCUUGUUCUUGAACUCUCGGACCGUCCCAUCAUGCCCUUCGAUAUGCCAGCUUACGCGGACAAUUUGAACCGCUGGGUUGAGGAGCUCGACUCGUGGGCCACGAAGCAAGGCGGGGCUGAUCGAUUGUCGGUAGCUCCACUCCGCGACGCCUCCAAUGAGGUUGCCAAGUCUGUACGCGAGUUCACCAAAUGGGAGGUCAACUGGGAAAAUACCAUCGUGGCGGCCAGCGGGUGGGAGCCGACAGGCCUGGGCCGGAGCAGAUGCGAGUACAACUCGCGCAUGGCGAAGUUUGACAGUGACCUGCUGGAUGCGGCCGGGAUACCGAACCGGAAGCAAUUCAAGCAUGUCGUCUUUGGCCCGCCGCUGUGGCCUGACACCGAGUCCGACGGGGCCUACUACUUCCCUUCGAUCCGGGACGCGGCCCUGUCGGGCAACUGGACGCUCGCCCAGGAGACGGUCAACAAGGUUGCGGGCAUCCUGAGGCAGGCUGCUGCCAACCUGGCCAAGUGA